AUGAGGGUCCUCUUGUUCCUCUUUGCGAGCAACGCCCUUUUUCUCUUUGUAGGCCAAGUAUUCGCAACGGUAGAAAGGCCACCGGGAAAUGAACCGCCGGGUAAGAAGAGAGCGGAUUGGCCACGCUCUAAGGAGGAAGAAUUGUCACGAUUAAAGACUCAACUUCUCGAGCUCCAGGAAAAGCUGAAGGAAUCCACACUAAAGGCAACAAAUAACAUCACGGAAAGGAAGAAACUCAUGGAAAUAUCAGGAAAGGCCUCCAACUGGUUGAAAAGCGUCAGUGUUCAGACCCAAAAGUCCUACGAUAAGGAAGUGGAUGCCCUUGGCGUUCUGGAAGGAGAAGUUUCCGCGUCAAUCAAGAACAACUUGUCAAAGUUAAAGUCAAUUUACCACGAUUCAAAUGCAAUGGUACUGAAAAUCGACAGAAUUUUAACCGUAAGGGAUCAAGAAGCAGACAAAGACACUCUUUUAGAUACGAUAAAGGAGGCCAAGGAACUACUCGAGCGUGAUGAAGCUCCUCUAGAGGAGUUCGGGGAGAAAUAUGAUGCUCUAUUGGCAACGUUUAAACAACUUAUUCCUUCGGCGAAAGAUCUUGGAUUCGCACCUCCAGAGUAUUCCGUGGACGAUGUGCCCAGCGAAUCCCAAAGUCAAAAAUGGCCAACAAUUGAAGAUAUUCGCAACGCAUUCUUCUUCUCAGAAACUCCCCCUGACUACACCAAGACCCAGAUGGUAGCCAUUAUUGCUACAAUAGCAAAGCAUUUUGACAGUAUCAUUAGCCAGGCUGAAUCGGAAUAUUCAUCUGGAGAAUUAAUGCUCGAGACUGCCAAAUCAUUGGAACAAGAAGCGACGACAUUAAUAGAACAAAUAUUAGAAUUGGAAGAAAAAAAGACGGAAGAAGAUAAACGAGAAAUACAAAGGGCUCAAAAGUCCUACAAUGAGUUGCUCAUUAAUCUCAAAUCUAUUGAAGAAGACCUCAACUAUGCGAAAUCCAGGAUAGAUAAUGAAACUUUGAUCCUGGGCACUUUUAAAAAGGUUCUGGAUAGGUCCAUAAAGAAACUCGAGUCUCUUCCUGAUAAUGCAUUUGUGGGAAAGUGUUUAAAAAUUCUCGGAAGGACUACAGUUGUGGCAAUGAUUUCAGCUGCAGAUGCUGCCAAGGGAGUUGUUUCCGAACUCAGACUUAAUGGAGCUUUAAUACACACAAGAUAUCUCAUUAUCAAAAGCUACUAUAAUUCCAUUAGAACCGGGUUGGCUGAGACGGAUUGUUAUCAGGAAUUUUUGGAAUCUGGGAUCAGAUGCUAUGGCAUGGGAGCCGUCCUUGCACUGGUUACCAGCAUGGCUUUAAUCUAUUCGUGA